AUGAAAAAUACAAAUAUCGUGGGAUUUGCCGAUCCAAAAGAAGAGAACGAUAAUGAUGAAGAUAAUGAAAUUAAUAAUAUGAAAAAAAAAUUAUGUAAAAAAUCUGGAGGAUUUCAAUCUAUGGCUAUUAGUUUUCCUAUAUUGAAGGGAAUAUUAAAACGAGGAUACAAAAUACCAACACCUAUUCAAAGGAAGACAAUUCCUUUAGCAUUAGAAGGACGUGAUGUAGUAGCAAUGGCUAGAACAGGAAGUGGGAAAACUGCAUGUUUUCUAAUUCCUCUUUUUGAAAAACUUAAAACGAGGCAAGCAAAAGCUGGUGCUAGAGCUUUAAUUUUAUCACCCACUAGGGAACUAGCAUUACAGACUUUGAAAUUCAUAAAAGAAUUAGGCAAAUUUACAGAUUUAAAAGCAGCUGUAAUUUUGGGAGGUGAUAGUAUGGAAAAUCAGUUUAGUGCAAUUCAUGGAAAUCCUGAUAUACUAGUAGCAACACCCGGCAGAUUUCUACAUAUCUGUAUAGAAAUGGAUUUACAAUUAAAUAAUAUUGAAUAUGUAGUCUUUGAUGAAGCUGAUAGAUUGCCAGAGUCAAAACAAACAUUAUUAUUUUCUGCAACAUUACCUAAACUUUUAGUAGAUUUUGCAAAAGCUGGAUUAACUGAUCCUAUUUUAUUACGUUUAGAUGUAGAAAGUAAAAUACCAGAACAAUUGACACUUUCAUUUAUAAUAUGUCGGCCAGAAGAAAAAUUGGCAGUGUUAUUAUGCUUGUUAAAAAACGUUAUUAAAACUGAUUCUCAAACGGUAAUAUUUGCUGCAACUCAACAUCAUGUUGAAUAUAUUCAUCAGGUAGACAAUAUAUUAGAAAAAGCUGGAAUUUCCAACACAUAUAUCUAUUCUAAUUUGGACCCGUCAGCUCGAAAAAUAAAUGCAGCUAAAUUUCAAACUAGUAAAGUCCAAGUUCUAAUAGUAACAGAUGUUGCCGCUCGAGGUUUAGACAUUCCUCAUUUGGAUAACGUAAUCAAUUUUAAUUUCCCUGCGAAGUCGAAGCUUUUUGUACAUAGAGUAGGUCGUUGCGCACGAGCGGGCCGUACUGGUACUGCAUACAAUAUCAUAAGUCCAGACGAAUAUGCUUAUUUGCUAGAUUUACAUCUUUUCCUCGGACGUCCCUUACGUAUUAUACGAUCUUCUGAAUCUAGAUCUAUAGAAAAUACAAACGGUUUUGUUGGCAAAAUGUCACAAGCAAUGAUAGAAGAAGAACUCGCGGAAUUAAUAAAUUGGCAUAAUUGUUCUACAGAUUUAAGAAAUAUGGAAAAAGUUUGCGAUAAUGCAUAUAAACAAUAUAUUCGAUCGCGACCUGCAGCUUCAUCAGAAAGUAUUAAAAGGAUAAAGGAAUUACACAUUAGCGAAGCAGGUGUUAUGCCAGAAUAUUCGAAUGUUUCUUCAAGUACUACGAAUUUGUUAUCAAAAAUAGUGAAUUAUAAACCUCAAGGAACAAUAUUUGAAAUUGGAGCUAAGGCAUCAUCUAUUGAUUAUCAAGUUAUGAAAAAGAAACGUAUGUUACAUAAAGAAAAUAUUAUAAAUUUUCACAGAAAGAUAGAUGAAUUGGAAGCUAAGAAAAAUUCAGAAGAUUUAUCAAGACAAGUAGAUCUUCCAUCAAGUACAACCGAUGAAAUAAAUGCAGUAUUUAAUAAAGUUGUAUUUCCAAAAAAAAGAAAUCUAGAUGAUUUAUAUAAACCUAAAAAGAAAAAACGAUCAGCAAUACGAGACGAAGAAUUUUUUAUUCCAUAUCAUGCUCCAGAUAAACAUACGGAAGAAGGUUUGGCAGUUAAUUCCUUUAAUACAGAAGCAGAUCAAGUACAAAUGGAUUUAACUGCUGAUAACGAAGAAUCCCAGCGAUUUCAAGCGCAAAUAAAAAAAUGGGAUCGUAAAAAGAAGAAAAUGAUCACUAUUAAUAAUGAACGAAAGGUUAAUAAAAUACAGACAGAAUCUGGAGUUUGGAUACCUGCUAGUUAUAAAUCAAAUCGUUAUUCGACCUGGAAAGAAAAGAGCAAAAUCGAUGCUACAAAUGAUGAUAACAUGCAAACAACGGCGAAUACACAUUGGGCACGCCACAACCAGAAAAUAAAGGAAAAGAUUAAAAGAAAUAAUGAAUUGAAACAUCCAGAACAAAUUCUUAAGGCGCGUAAAUUGCUUGAACAAAAACGUAAAAGAAACGGCCCAAAAAAUCGGAAAGGUCAGAAGAAUAAUAGAAGAAAACAUUAG